ACUAGAAGUCCCAUAGACUUUGAUCAUUGUAGCCUUGUAUUGUCUAAUGUCAUGGGCCUUUAAAGGUGUGGUGCAUUCUGCAGGAAGCAUGAUUGUGACAGCAAAGAGGGAAGACUUGGACAGAAUGAACCAGAAAAUGAUAUUCUCUAGUCUAGUUAUUCUAUUUGGACAUUGGUUUCUGAGCCCAUUGUUGUUUUGUGUUGAAGCUUGAAGAUCUAGCUGAAUAAAUACAGAUUAGCUAAAUUAUUCAUACACUGAUCAAAUUGUGUUAUGUGGCCUUGAUUGCGUUUGAGUUUGCAGUACAUAUUGUUUUCACUUUGGCAACAACUGACAUUGACGUUUUAAUGUGGGUUGUUUUCAGUCAUUUGUUAUUAUGUUAUAGAUGUAAUGUAUUAUUAUUAAAUAACGAUACAAUAAACUAAUAUAGGUUCAUUUGCUAGGUUUUAUCUUCUUCGGGUUGACCGUAACCCGGCUCCUAAUCUACAGCCAGAGCAAAAGGACAAUUAACAGUUUUGAGGAAUGUGAGAAUAUUUUAUAUUUUAUCUCAACUUUGUCUCUCUCCAUCUGUGUUUUUUCUUAAAUCACUGCAAUGAAUGAGGCGUGCAGCAGGUGGCGCUCUGAGCUCACACCGGCACCCGUCAACAGCACGAAGUUAGAGAGAGCUCCCCCCGCCCAUCCCUUCACCAUUAGAAACCCCAGAGCAUGAAUUACCUCUCCAAAGUCAUCGGCGAGAAUUUACGACUGGUCAACAAAAGCACGUGACCACCCCCUCCCACAUUUCUCCCUGUCUCUCUCUCUCCUCCCUCACCUCACCCCUCACCUCCCCCAUCACACACACAUACCCUUCAAUCCAACACACACACACACAUACACCGCCGCCACCCCACCCCCAUGUUUGGACGGCACAUACAUAGCUAAAAACGAAGUACAGUGCAACGCCAUAAUUCACUAAUACAUCAUAAAUCGUUGCAAGUACCAGCGGUAUAACGACCAGGAAAAAUCUAACAAAUCAAGCGCACCUUGGUCCUCAGCUCUGAGCUUGCAACUCUCUAAAACCUAAAUGAGCUCUUACUUUGUAAACUCGUUCUCUGGGCGCUACCCAAAUGGCCCCGACUAUCAACUGCUAAAUUAUGGAGCCAGCAGCGGCGCAAUGAACGGCGGGACGUACAGGGACUCUUCCUCCGCCAACAUGCACCAUGCGACGGGCUCUUACGGCUAUAGCUACAAUGGCAUGGACCUGACUGUCAGCAACCGGGGAGGGGGGAGCGGUGCCACCAACUCCGGAGGACACUUCGGAGGCGGCUCAAUCAUUGGGGACUCCCCGGGCUUCGGUUCCCCAGCCCCCGAAACGGGCUUCCGACGGACGUCCAGCUGCUCCCUUGCGUCUGCCGCGGAUUCCAUGCUGUCACCUGGCAGCGGAGACGCUAAACUGGGCGCCCGGACGUCGUCUCCCCGUUCAGAGCAACCAGGAAGCGGUAAUCUCAGCUCCCCAAACCUGUCCUCGACCUCCUCCUCUGGCGGCGGCGGCGGAGGAAGCGGAGCGCAGCAUUUCACGGAGCUGGACGACGCGUCGCCCCGACACCGAGGAGUUACAGCACAAACCGCCGCUUAGGACCGGGCACCCGCAACGCGUGCAGAGGCGAGAGGGCGGCCCGGCGGGUCGGCCACCGGUGGCACCGCGGGAGGCGACACUCGGCCACCACAGAUAUUCCCCUGGAUGAGAAAACUGCACAUUAGCCAUGAUAUGGCGGGCCCGGAUGGGAAGCGGGCGCGCACGGCGUACACCCGCUACCAGACGCUGGAGCUGGAGAAGGAGUUCCAUUUCAACCGGUACCUCACGCGGCGGCGGCGCAUCGAGAUCGCCCACGCGCUGUGUCUCACUGAGCGGCAAAUCAAGAUCUGGUUUCAGAACCGGCGGAUGAAGUGGAAGAAGGACAAUAAGCUGAAGACCAUGAGCCUGGCAACUUCCGGCAGCGCUUUCCAACCCUAAACACGAAAUACAAAUUAAAUUUAAAAAAUGAAUCCAUACUCUUUGGAGGGGGUUUAACUACAGGCUUCUUUCCACGAGGGGAAAGUCAGACUAAACAGAAAGACAAGCAGAAGAAUGGAGAAAAAGAAGACGGCGAUGAAGAAAUAUAUGUACACCUCACAUCUAGAUUCAGAAAAAAAAAACACUCCUUCCUACAAAGUACCGUAAUGCAGCACUAUUGAUUUUUCGGCAUGUUUGUGUUUUAGGGCUAAGUAAAUUAAACUGUGGUACUUUCUACGUUGUGUUGUAUGUACAAAAAAAAGCAAGAAAAGGGAAAGAUGAAUAAUGCUACCGAACUGUCUAUACUUACGUUUUACCUUGCAACCUUGACGGUGUCUGAAUAACGUUUAAUGUCCACGUGCGAUGUUUUAUACUUGACAAAGUGCUUGAUGUUAACAUGUAAGCUCUCGUUGCAGGUUUACAGCCAGUGUUUAGCCUUUACCCUUGCGCUUUAUGUCUGUCUGUCAGUUACUCGACAUCUAAAUCGCCUCCUAUUUCUUAUUUAGAUCCAUAGAAGGUGCGUAUAUGUGCGCGUGUGCGUGUAAAAAAACAGGCCUGCUAACAUCUCCGAAUCACGUGGUCUAUUAUCAGUGGAAGUGUAUAUAAUUGUUAUUGUUCACGUAAUCAUCGGACACAUGUUUUAGAAAGGAUGUACAUAAACAUAUAUAUUGUUAUUUUUCAAUGUGACCAAUUGGCUAUUUGUAGUUGCAAUGCGCGUGCCUGUAUGAGUGAGUGGGAGUGUGUGUGUGCCUGCACAUGUGAGUGAAAUAUCUACCUUCCUGUGAGGGAGGCCUGUGAGCUUUCUGCCAAUGAGCUUUUUGUAUUUUGUUUGUAACUUGGAGUAAAACAAUAAAGUUGUCCAUACUCGUCAAAAGUG